UAAAAGUAUUUAACUGUUUACUCUAAUCUGUGAUACUUAGCGCAAGAUCCUUUCCUUUUUACACAACUAGAUACUUUAAAGUUCAAACUACAACAUAAAAACCAACAACCCACUUCUUCUCAGUUUUCUUAUUGGAGCCAACACCAACGGGUAAUCCUAUUUUCCAUUCUUCUUCUGUCCUUUCCCGUUUUUUUCUUUUUUUUUUUUCUUUUACAUAUAUCAAUUGUGAUUCUCCUCUUUUAUCAAUUUUGUUUCGCACUAUCUCCAUCAUUAUUACCCUUCACAAUUCAUCUUGUUAUUAAUCUUGACUACCCUCCCUCCUUUGUGAGGCACAGCAGACUCUGUUCUUCUCCCAUAGUCUUAGGAUUUAUGAUUGUUCUCUCGUCUAAAAUCAGGAUUUAGAAUUUAAAAAUUAAAAUUUGACCUUUUUUUAUAUUGACAAAUUAUAGAUUAUAUGGAGAAAGGAAAAUUAAGUCCAGGAUUUCAUUUCAAUCCCACUGAUGUAGAGCUUCUAAAGUAUUUUCUGAAGAGGAAAGUGACCGGCAAAAAGCUACCCAAUGUAAUUGCUGAGAUUAACGUUUAUCAGUAUUGUCCCUGGGACCUCCGAGGUAAGUCACAUCUGAAAAGUGGGGAUUUGGAGUGGUACUUCUUCUGUGCAAGAGGAAAAAAAUAUGGAAUUGGGUCGAAGACGAACCGUGCUAUAAAGAAUGGGUACUGGAAAGCUACUGGUAUGGACAAAGCUAUUGUUCAGCAUGAUAAGCAAACUGUGGGGAUGAUGAAAAUCCUUGUUUUCCACACUGGUAAAGCGCCUCAUGGGACCCCAACCGAUUGGGUUAUGCAUGAGUAUAGGCUUCAAGAUAAAGACCUUACUGACAAAGGAAUUGCUCAGGACUCCUAUGUUAUCUGUAAGGUGUUCCGAAAGGAGGGUCAUGGCCCACGGACACGGAGCGGUGCACAAUAUAGGAAACCAUUUAAUGAAGAAGAUUGGGAUGAUGAUGAUCAUCACGUUGUUGAGGAGGGGGGAACCCCUUCAACUGCUUUGGUUGCGCCGGUUUCCAUUCAGUCUACGACAUUCGAUGGCUCUUCUUACAUGAAGCCAACUUCUGUUUCAUGUGAGUCGGGACCUGUGGCUACUUCUCCUGUCCCAUCAACUCCUUCUUCAGAUGCAAGCAUUCACACGGUUAAUAAUGUUAAUAAUUCAACAGUGACUGAUCUAUCCAAAGACGAAAAAACAGUACCUGAGGAAAAUAUUGCUGCCGGUGACCUCUUGAGUAAGUUUUUUGAGGGUUUGGAAGACCUUGAGUCUGAAUACACUCCAAAUGGAGUGGGCUUGGAUGACUUUUCCCCACAUGGAAUAAACUAUGAUGACUUGAGGCACUUGGACUUGAUUGAUCUCAAUUUCCUAUAGUUCUACUUCUAGCAGCCUUACAAUCUAAAAGUUGUAGAUUUUU